GGGACAAUGGGAAGACCUCUGGAUACACUCCUUACCCGAUUUGGCUAACCCCCGGCCCUCGGAGCGGAAGUGGGUCAUUUAGCUGAGAUGUUUUCAAAUGGAGAUGUUUAAGACAGGCUUUUAAGCUCAUACCGUGACUUUAUGAUCAUGGUCUGUUCUAUCUGCAGGUUCUUUAGUCUUCGGAAACGGCCUCAUCGCCAUUACAGCAACCUAUUAAAUGUUUUUUAAAUUGUCUGAAAUUUGGAGUAUGGGCCUCAGACCAGGGUCCGAACCCAAACCAGGACACUCUGAAAGGCUGGAAUGGUAAGAGCCCUGUGGGGAUCUCGACUACUACAGGAUUUGGUGUCCUCAGCACUCAGGCGUGCUCCUUGGUCUGUGUAUUUUCUUGGCACUGUAUUUUCUUGUUCAGCAUUUCACUGAAAGAGGUGUGUUUUGCCCAGGUAAUCCCCAUCUUCUGUCAAACCCAGGACAAUGGUGCUUUGUUUUCUGAGCAGAACACUGCAACUAGCAAGACAUUCAUCCAGUCCACUGGGGAGAGAACUCUGUUCAGCCAGCGCAAAUAAGCCAGUGUUGACUUUAUUCACCAAGAAACCCUGCCCUCUAUGUGAUGAAGCAAAAGAAGUUCUCGAGCCAUAUAAAAGAAGGUUUAUUUUGCAGGAGGUGGAUAUUACCCUUCCAGAGAACUCAGCGUGGUAUGAUAAAUACAAAUACGACAUACCUGUUUUUCAUUUAAAUGGGAAGUUCCUAAUGAAGCAUCAAGUAGACAUUCAGAAGUUUGAGGACCAGCUUACAAAGCUGGAGUUGCAAAAUGAUGGAAACCAGUAAAGAAAAUGCAGCUACUCUGGUGUGGAUCUGAAAGGACUGUGCAACAUAAAUUGUGUGAAAAAGCAAUAUUCAUUAUCUAGCCUUACAUUUCUUAGAACAUACAAUACCGUUGUUCUAAAAAACUUGAGUGACUUGUGUUCUAUUUUGUAUUAAUCAUCCAGUCCAGCUGCCCCAGUAGCAAACCUUUUCUGUACCAUUCAUUUGCUGCUAUCCUAGGCUGGCUUUUCAUUGACAGAAUAAAUGCUGCUCCAUAACAGCAGAUAAAGUGAAA